ACUAUAAACAAUCCAGCAAUUGAUGCUGUUAGGGCCACGGCAAGCAAAAGCUAUCGUAGUCACUCACCUCACCCAACACGGCGAAAAGUAGCAUAAAAUCGCAGGUGUGCAGUAACUUCGUUUUUUUCUUUAUUAUUCAAAUAAUUAUGCAGAGAGGGGGCUCCGUCGUUGCCUGAAUGUUACAUUGGACGUUGGUUUUCCAGGGCAGACUGGGCUAAAGUGACAGCCCGAGGGCCUCGUUGUCGUGUCCCGAGCAGCUCUCGAGCGAACUUGUCAGCUCGGUGCCAAACUUCAGCUCGCGGCGGCUCUCCGCGGGGCUCGGGGCGCCAGGCUCCGGCCCUGUGGAUGAGUGGUUGACUUCCGUUCCAUCCAGGAGGAAGGAAUCCCUUUGAUGGGAGAAUCCUCUUUCCUGGCCUCUUGGGUCAAACGUUGUGCCAAUAUGAUGGAUGAGCAGGAGGCGCUGCAGUCAAUCAUGCAGGACCUGGCAGAACUGCAUCGCACCAGACGUCCUGCCGGAUUCCUGUCAGACCUGGGCAAACCCAAAGCCUCCUCGCCCAAGAACCUGAACGACGUCAGAGUGAAGUUCGAGUUUAAAGGAGAGAAGAGGAUUUUGCAAUUCUCUCGCCCCAUCAAGUUGGACGACUUGAGGGAAAAAGCAAAGGUGGCUUUCGGUCAGACCAUGGACCUUCACUACAGCAACAACGAGCUGGUGAUUCCACUUAGCGUUCAAGACGACCUGGACAAGGCCGUGGAGCUGCUAGAUCGAAGCAUUCACAUGAAGAGUCUCAAGAUUCUCUUGGUGCUGCAGAUCUCUUCGCAGAACUCCUCUUGCAAUGUGGGCCUUCUGCCUUCCUGCGAGGAGUUGGACAACACAGGACUGAGUGUCACAGACAAGAAGAGCAUGCUGGCAUCGUCAGGGUCUCAUUCGACGGACCGUAGCUCUCCUCCACCCGGAUACAUUCCUGACGCACUCCAGCAAGUGGCCAGGAAUGGUUCCUUCACAAGCAUUAACAGUGAAGGAGAGUUCAUUCCAGAGAGCAUGGACCAGAUGCUCGACCCCCUGAGCAUGAGCAGUCCUGAGAACUCUGCGUCUGGAAGUUGUCCUUCUUUAGACAGCCCGUUGGACAGUGAAUAUCCAAAGUCAAGGAUGCCAAGAGCACAGAGUUACCCUGACAACCAUCAGGACUUUCCAGAGUACGACAUCCCAGUCUUUGACAAGUCAGGAAAAGGUGGCACAUACCCUCGGCGCUACGGCGUUCCCUUUGGCCUGCAAGAUUACAGCGAUGGGAGGAAGACCUUCCCUCGGGCUCGGCGAACACAGGCACACGGUUUGCGCUCACCUGUCAGCUUCAGUCCUACCGAACAAUCUCCCAGCACCAGCAGCGGCAGCAGCGUAUUCACUCCCGACCUGGAAGAUGGCGCUGGGCCGGCCAGGCGGCCGCGAAGGGGAAGUGACAUUGAGGCCAACCAGUCGAGCACGCCAAGCCUGUCGGUCAUGGACAUCAGCCCACCCAGCCGCUCUCCACGUGCGCCGACCAACUGGCGACUGGGGAAGCUCCUUGGGCAAGGCGCCUUUGGACGGGUUUUCCUUUGCUACGACGCGGACACCGGACGGGAACUGGCCGUCAAACAAGUCCAGUUUGAUCCAGAGAGUCCAGAGACAAGCAAGGAGGUGAGUGCGUUGGAGUGUGAAAUCCAGCUGUUGAAAAACCUCUGUCACGAGCGCAUUGUCCAGUACUACGGUUGUCUGCGCGACUCCAUGGAGCGAACUCUCUCCAUCUUUAUGGAGUACAUGCCUGGAGGUUCCAUAAAGGACCAAGUAAAGUCCUACGGUGCAUUGACGGAAAACGUGACGCGUCGCUACACCAGGCAGAUCCUUGAGGGGGUUUCCUACUUGCACAGCAACAUGAUUGUUCACAGGGAUAUUAAAGGUGCCAACAUCCUCCGAGAUUCGGUCGGAAACGUAAAGCUGGGUGACUUUGGGGCCAGUCGGAGGCUGCAGACCAUUUGUCUAUCAGGAACGGGAAUCAAGUCCGUGACCGGCACACCCUACUGGAUGAGCCCAGAAGUCAUCAGUGGUGAGGGCUACGGCAGGAAGGCUGACAUCUGGAGUGUUGGUUGCACUGUUGUUGAGAUGUUGACCCAGCGACCUCCCUGGGCAGAGUUUGAGGCCAUGGCGGCCAUCUUUAAGAUUGCCACUCAGCCCACCAAUCCCAUCUUACCUGCCCACGUGUCGGACCACUGCAGAGAGUUCCUCAAACGUAUCUUUGUAGAGACCAAGCAGCGUCCGUGCGCAGACGAAUUGCUGAGGCACAUCUUCGUACAUUAACGUUCUGUCCUCCUGCUAAUUGGACUGCGCUGGGCUUCCUUGCUGUAACCAUAUUGGACCAGGAAGAAGGUUGGGUGCUUCCGGACCUUUGUAUAAAACUGCAGAAGACACAAGUUUUCUGUUUUUGCACCUUAAUUUCUCAAGUGGGGAGAAGUCAACUCCUCCUUUGUGAAGAUAUGAACUCCUGGGUAACACCCCGUUAUUUUAUUUUUUGGGGGUAACGUUUUCUCUUCCAACUUAUCCUCUUGUGCUGCGGGAUGGUGUCUACGUUGCAAACUCGACCCCAGAAUGUAGUCUCCUGCCUUUGAUGACCAGGCCUUGCUGCUGCUAAAAAAAACAAAAACACACAACAAAAACAUGCGGACAACUCACCCGCCUUCAUCUCGCCCUCUUUGUCACUCGGUAUCUCACUUUGUGCCUUUUUUGUUUCUCAACAUUGCCUGUAUGAGUUUGUGAGUUGCCCUUCUCAUGUUUGCUCCUGGAUGAAACCACAUCCUGCAGCUGAGCUUUGCUGCUGGCUUAUUGCUCUUUGCCAUAUCUCAUUGCUGCAAACGCAUCCACAUCAGGCGCUGUACUUUGAAUGGAAAACCCCCCAAAUUAAGACCUUGAAUGAAACACUCAAUUCGUCUGCAAUUUUGAAACAUGCCCUGUUCCCAGUGAGGCAGCAGUGAGCCAUGCAAGCUCCGUGAUUCAGCAUUCACACUCCUGAUCGUGCCUCUUGACCUGGUUGAAGAUGCCUUUUUAUGUUUCUUGCCAGCAAACGGGCACCACUGCAGAGCCAUGUCUGCUUCAAAAGCUCUUCCAAUUCACCAUAGAUGUUCAUUGAUCUUAUCAGAUGUGUCAUCUGUGCCCUGCUCUUAAUUUAAUUGCGAUUUGAAGCUUGAUGCUGCUGCAAUUGUGGCACCAGUGGUGGUCCUAGCUUGAAGAGUGCCCUGUGCCAGGUCCUGUUUUGGUUCUCACACAUGGCAGAAACCACCUGUGACGGUCACAUCGGUGACUCUUCUUGGAGGCCAAGAUUGCCCUUAACCGAUUUAAUCAGAUUUCAGCUUUUCAACAGCGGCCACUAGGUGUUACUAAAAGACAUUUCCCGCCAUUUCUCUGAAAGCGCUUAACAUGCACGCUAUGCUACAUGCUCUGCUACCUGGCACCAUAAAACACACACACACACACACACACACAUAUAUAUAUAUAUAUAUAUAUUACACAUACACAUCCAAUUCCCUAUCAUGUUUUGCAUGUUUGUUUUGUUUCUUACACAAGUGUGCGUGGGUGCGUUUGCAAUGAUUAAGUGUCAGAAGGCCUCGUUCACCAGGGUUGAUUAACGUUUUACUUCCAGUAUUUGGUCCACAAGGUUGUGAGUGCCUGUGUUUUAACUACUGUCUUAGCUCAGUUGGGGCCUGCCAACUUGCCUGUAGCCAGCGUUCUCAGCAUUAGGGGAGGACAUUGACGAUGGAAAUCUUGUACAAAUGUAAAAAGUGAAAGGUACCUUUUUUUCUUCCAAAGUCUGUGUAUGUCUUGUAAAAGAAGCCAUGUUUAUAAUUCUAAUUGGUUUGUGACCAAUACGCCUGUUUAUAUCAGAUCUGUAUAUCGGUGGUAUGUAUAAUUUUUUAAUAUAUAUAUUUUUGUUUCACAUGGGAGAUUUUAUGCAUGGUUGGUCCAGACCGAUGCAGCAAUGCCGUUAAAUGUUUUUGGCCAAAUUCUGCAGUAAUGCGACAGCUCGGUGUUGAUCCGUAUGACGGUGAAGAAUAAUAAAAGUUAUUUAUUUCA